UUUGAAGGUUGGUGGCUGGAGGCUCCGGUGGGCCGCUAAACUUAUACUGCGGCCUCCGCUUUCUCCUGCUCUUCGGUCUUUACCUUUGCGCCUUAGCAGUUUUCGGACCUUUCCAGACUUCCACACCCGCAUUGAAUGCGCCAUAUACCCCCAGACUGACCAGCUAUUUCCCCCACUUUCCCAGGGCUUCGUUGUUGCCUGGUUCCGUCGUCGUCGAUAGCUAGCACAUUGCCAGUGUCCUCCUUUCUCACCCCUCCUCUCCCCUCCCACCCCUUUCCUCUCUCCUCCAGCACACUGCGUUGCAUAGCUUUGUGGACGGAGCCACUGGAGCCCGCGCGCGACAAAGCCCCACCAGUCCAGACUGAAAUCAGCCCUCGGAACAUACACUACCACCACUAGCACCACCACUGGCACUGUGCUGCAAAGUGUAGUAGUCGUGAGUCGAGUUUUCUUUCCGUCGCGGCUGGGGUGCGCAGUUCACUCAGUUUGAGUUACGUGGUUGGAGCUUAACUUGCUUAUGCAUCUACGCUAGCACCAGCACCGUUUCAGUGCGUGGGUCUCGGAGGAAGGCGCCAGCGGCCUCGCGGUCUGAGCUAAGUUUGGAAGUGGGAGGUACAAGGGCUGAAGCCAGCUUAAAGCUUUUGAUCGAUCAGGCUUCGUUUGCGGCAUCAGCUGUGGGUCUUGCAGGUGGACGAGGUGGCUAAGUAGGUCUUAUUAUUUUUCGGGAGGGAGAGAACGAGUGAGAGGGGAGAUUCAGCACGCAGUUGCUGCUUCUCUCUCCCUCCUUUUCUUCGGACGGCAGGAGAGAGGACGGGAGGCAGAGAUCCACAGUGGCUUCUUCGUCACUUGACAUUGCCUCCCUCUUCUCUCUAGUUCCUUUGCUCUCGGUGCCAAUUUGUUUCGUGUCCGUUUCCGGUUGACAUUUUACUCCUGUCUUUAGUAAAGUAUUCACUUUCUAAGUACGCUUAGUAUACAUACCUUUUCACACAUACGAUAUUUCCCGACUAGCAUCAUUUGUACCCGGAAGCACCUGAACUGUCUCGUAUGAGUCUGUGUUCCAGUUUGAAGUGAUAGCUGAAAGGAGGAAAGGGGCUUCUUGGGGUGAAGACUUGGGGGGGGGACUUUGGUAGAUGGGUUGUUGCCUUUUAUGUUGCAUCUGGUGACGUAGGUCGUCGGCCCUCUACCGCUGAGCAGUACUUCUACUAGUGGACACACCCGUCCAUAAAGAGCCACGUUCUCACGAAGUAGGUCCCGGUGAGGUUGACGUCGAAGCUUGCGCCAGUCUUUUGCAAGUGCGGCGCAUGCACAGUGUCUCAAGUCCAGCACAUCUUUGUUAAAGUCAACAGGAUUUCUGGGAGUGGAGUAUGUAGUUCGGUCUUGGCAGCUACUUGAUGGUAAAACUUUGAACGGAAAGUUCCACAGAUUGUGGAUUCAAGUAUUUGAGCGAUCUUCAACCCUUCGCAAACAAUCAUCUGCCAGUGACGACCUUCCGCAAUUGACCAAACAUCCCAGAAGGCGCCAUCUUUUACAGGGCCACUUUCAAGUAGUGAAUGUUGAGGUAAACCUCUCAAACUCCCAAUAUAUCUUGGAGAGAGACUAAAAUGAGAGUAAGCCAGAGAUUCAACAUUUGAUACUAGGGUAGAAGGGCUUUAGGAAGUUCACGUUGUGGAAGCCGGAUGAGGCUUGGAGGCGUUACCGUGCAAGUACCUCCUAACGGCAAUCUGGGCAAUCUGGGGCGUAGCUUUGGGGAACUGGGUGGCAUGCCCACUGGAGCGAUGGCACCCCCUCGUCAGAUUCCUCCUUUGGCCAUGCCUCGUCCGCCUCCAAAGCACUACUCGUCCCCAUCCUUGUCGCUAGGACCACCCACGGGUCUAGAUGGACAGCGAGAAGUUAGUCAGACUGCAGACAACGAGCAGCAGCAGAAAAACAAGGAGGAGGAGUAUGAGUCUCGCUCGGGCAGUGACAACAUGGAGGGAGGGUCAGGCGACGAGGAUCCUGAUAACAAUCACCCUCGCAAGAAAAGAUACCAUCGGCAUACACCUCGACAGAUUCAGGAAAUGGAGAUGUUAUUCAAAGAGUGUCCGCAUCCUGACGACAAGCAGCGCCAGCAGCUUAGCAAGGAUUUGGGCCUGGAGCCCAGGCAGGUCAAGUUCUGGUUCCAAAAUAGACGCACGCAGAUGAAGGCACAGACGGAGCGAGCAGAGAACUCAAUGUUGCGUGCCGAAAACGAGAAAGUGCGGUCCGAGAAUUUGAUCAUGCGGGAAGCUCUGAAGAAUCCCCAGUGCCCUCAUUGCGGUGGUCCGGCUACUGUAGGCGAGAUGACCUUCGACGAGCAGCAGCUCCGUAUUGAGAACGUGAGGCUGAAAGAGGAGCUUGAUCGAGUAUCGGCUCUUGCAGCCAAAUACCUAGGCCGGCCAAUCACUCCCAUGGCUCCUCUAGCACUGCCGAGCUCGUCCCUGGAUCUCCAGGUGGGAGGUGGGAGCAGCUUUGGCGGGAUGCACCCAACGCCUGGUAACCUUGAUCUGGUAGCGGGGCCAAGUGUUGCAGAUGUGGCGACGAGGCCCGGGGGAUUGACGGAGGCUGAGAAGCCUAUGGUGGUGGAACUCGCGAUGAUGGCGAUGGAAGAGCUGGUGCGAAUGGCACAGGCAGAGGAGCCUCUGUGGUUGAGUAUGGAUAGCGGCAAGGCGCAGCUGAACUACGACGAAUACAUGCGGCAGUUUCCACGGGGCAUUGGGAUGCGGCCUUCAGGUCUCAAACCGGAGGCGACCCGCGAGACUGCGCUGGUGAUGAUGAAUGGUGUGAAUUUGGUAGAGACGCUAAUGGACGCGACGCAGUGGAUGGAUAUGUUCCCGUGCAUGGUUUCGCGGGCAUUGACGGUGGACGUGCUGUCGACGGGUGUAACAGGCAAUCGAAACGGCGCUUUGCAGCUGAUGUACGCGGAGCUGCAGGUGCUAUCGCCGCUCGUGCCAACGCGAGAGAUAUACUUCUUGCGGUACUGUAAGCAGCACGCGGAGGGCGUGUGGGCAGUGGUAGAUGUGUCGGUGGACUCGCUGCGAGACAAUCCACCUCCGUCGCUGAUGAGAUGCCGGCGUAGGCCAUCUGGGGUGCUUAUCCAGGACACUCCGAACGGGUAUGCGAAGGUGACGUGCGUGGAGCACAUGGAGUAUGAUGAUCGUGCGGUGCAUCGGAUGUACCGGGAGCUAGUGAACACCGGCAUGGCAUUUGGUGCUCAAAGGUGGCUCGCCACUCUUCAGCGGCAGUGCGAGAGGCUGGCUAGUCUUCUGGCGAGCAACAUCGCAUCCCGGGAUUUGGGCGGCGUGCCAAGUGCGAGCGGGCGGCGGAGUAUGCUCAAGCUGGCCCAGAGGAUGACGAACAACUUCUGCGCGGGAGUGAGUGCGUCAACGGUGCACACAUGGACGACAUUGUCUGGUAGCGGGGACGACGACGUGCGCGUGAUGACCCGAAAGAGUGUGGACAAUCCUGGAGAGCCUCACGGCAUCGUGCUUAGCGCGGCGACAUCGAUGUGGUUACCGGUGUCUCCGGCGCGAGUGUUCCAGUUCCUCCGGGACGAGCGAUUGAGGAGUGAGUGGGACAUCCUGUCGAACGGUGGGAUAGUGACAGAGAUGGCGCACAUUGCGAAGGGCCAGGAUCCUGGCAACAGCGUGUCGCUGCUGCGGGUUAACGCGAUGAACUCUAAUCAGAGCAACAUGUUGAUAUUGCAAGAGAGCUGCACAGAUGUGUCGGGUUCGCUGGUGAUCUACGCGCCGGUUGAUAUCCCAGCGAUGAACUUGGUGUUGCAAGGAGGGGAUCCCGCGUACGUUGCGCUGCUGCCUUCCGGGUUCGCAAUCCUUCCUGACGGACCGGGAGGUGAAAGAGGAUCUUUGGGAGUCGACCAGGGCAGUCAACUGACGGAAAGCAGUCGCGGAACUGGGUCGUUAUUGACAGUGGCUUUCCAGAUUCUUGUAAGCAGCAUUCCAUCAGCGCGGCUGUCUCUGGAAUCAGUGGCGACGGUGAACAAUUUGAUAUCGUGCACUGUGCAGCGGAUCAAGUCAGCGUUGCUCGUGGAGGACGCAUAGGGAGCCACGGAUGGUCAGUAUCAGCGCGGUCUUUUCCCUCUCGGAGGUGAUGUAUGGGUGGGCGCCUCUGCUGGGCCACCACGCGUAGUGAGAAUCGAAUUGCUGUGGGUCUGCUGGAAAUGAGACGACGAUGGCGGAUCAUCAGUAUUUCACUUGGGUGAUGGACGAAGCAAGGCAGAUAGUGCGAACGGCAGGAUUCGGUGGGUACAAUUGAGGAGCCUUCAAGACUGUGUGUAGACUCACAUUGAGCGUGGUCUUGAGCGCUCCUCAGGGGGGGAGAAGGAGGUGAGCAGCAGGUCGACACCGAAUUGGACGAAACGGAACAACAAAAAACACGACUGGACGCCAUUUUAGCGAUUCAUUGGCACACACGGAAUAUACAGACACGGCAUAGGGGUAGGAAAUGAGUCAAGAGCGAACCACCACUGAUGGCCCUCUCUGCGUGGUUCAUGGUGUAGUCCUUAGCCUUUGGUGCUACUGCGAAGAAAAAGCCUGAAAUGGCUCUCUCUUCAUGGAAGAAAAAUGUCAUUUUGAAGUAGCUCAAGGAUUAAUAGCCUAGACACGCGCGCGCGCGGUCCUCUCGAGGCCCCGCUCCUGCAGUUGGCGCUGGCAUCAUCAACUUGCAUAGCUUCCUCCGUGCAGGUGCCGCACCACGUAGCAAGGGUAGUGGUUCGGGUAUUGACUUACCUUCAACCCUCCUCUUUCAUUUCUCACUGCAACAUUCAACGUUGCUCAUCUGAUCCUGUCAUCGACAGCUCUAUGGAUUUUGGACCCUGUAAUCACCUCUUCCAUGCAAUGUAUUUAACUUCCCAUGCUCUGGCUUUGCUGGGUUUGAAUCUAUUUUUCUCA